UUUUUUUCCACAGUUUCUCCCCUAUAUGCUUUGAUAUUGAUAUCUGUGUAUUAUUUUAGGUUAAAUGUGAUAAUUAAGUGGCAUUAAAUACUUAAAUAUGAUGAUUCUACGGGUGCCCGGUGACAUAAAUCUCAUAUUUUGCCGCGAAUCUUUUUUUUAGUGGCGCGGUUCGGUCUGCUGCUUCACUCCACCGCCUCAACUGGGCCGAGAAACGGAUGAGGACUUGCGGAUGGAGAUGGACGAUAACGGCCUCCAGACCUCUUGCUGUGACACAAGAUGGUCACAGCAACUGUCAGGCCUUCCUCGCAAGCUCCUGCAGCGCCUGAUGCCUUUCCAAAUGGAGGGAGUGGAGUUCGCUCUAUCCAGGAACGGCCGAUGUAUGAUCGCUGAUGAGAUGGGUCUUGGGAAGACGGUGCAGGCCAUCGCUGUGGCGUACGCCUUCCGGCAGGAGUGGCCCCUCCUGGUGGUGGUGCCCUCGUCCCUGAAGUAUCCCUGGAUCGAGGAGCUGGAGCGGUGGAUCCCCGAGCUGCAGCCUGGAGACAUCAACCUGGUGGAGAACAAGAGCCACACCAUGGGUAUCGGCAGCAGCAAGGUGACGGUGCUGGGUUAUGGCCUGCUCACCACGGACGCACGCCCCCUGGUGGAGGCUCUGACCAGGCAGCGGUUCGCCGUGGUCGUGGUGGACGAGUCGCACUACCUCAAAUCCAGGAACGCGGCCCGGACCAAGAUUCUGGUGCCCCUCAUUCAGAGCUCCAAGCGGGCCAUCCUGUUAACCGGAACCCCGGCUUUGGGUCGGCCUGAAGAGCUCUUCAUGCAGAUUGAAGCCCUCUAUCCCAAGAGGCUGGGAACCUGGACUGACUACGCCAAGAAAUACUGCAACGCCCAUUACAGGUUCUUCGGGUCUCGCAGGCAGUGGGACUGUCGCGGGGCUUCCAACCUGGAGGAGCUGCACCAGCGGCUGAGCGAGAUCAUGAUCCGCCGUCUGAAGGCCGAGGUGCUCCCUCAGCUGCCCCCCAAAGUCCGCCAGCGUAUCCCCUUCGACCUGCCUAAGGAGGCCGCAAAGGAGGCCUCAGCCAGCUUCGCCGAAUGGGAGAGACUGAUGAAGGGACUGGGGUCCGGGGGAGUCGCCACCGACAACCCCUUCACUCAGGUCAUGGGCCUGGUCACACAGAUGUACAAGCAAACAGCUAUCGCCAAGGCGGGGGCUGUGAAGGACUACAUAAAGAUGAUGCUGGAGGUAGAGCAGCUGAAGUUCCUGGUGUUCGCCCACCACCUCACCAUGCUGCAGGCCUGCACCGAGGCCGCCAUUGAGGCCAAGGCCGGUUACAUCCGCAUCGACGGCAGCGUCCCGUCCUCCGAGCGAAUCCAGCUGGUCCACAAGUUCCAGAGUGACCCGGAGACGCGGGUGGCCAUCCUCAGCAUCCAGGCAGCCGGUCAGGGUCUGACCUUGACCGCAGCGAGCCACGUGGUGUUCGCCGAGCUCUACUGGAACCCCGGCCACAUCAAGCAGGCGGAGGAUCGAGCCCACCGCAUCGGACAGACGGCCUCGGUCAACGUGCACUACCUCAUCGCCAAGGGCACCUUCGACACCGUCAUGUGGUCCAUGCUCAACAGGAAGGAAACGGUGACGGGCAGCACCCUGAACGGCAGAAAGGAGUACCUGAAGGCCGACGAGGGCGACAAGGACAAGUGGGAGUUCCUCAACUUCGCCGACGCGUGGACGCCGAGCGAGAUGGUUCUGCCGCUGGAGGGGAGCACGCCAGAUGACAAAGACGACACGUUCUUCACUCAUUUUGAGAAAGAGAAGCAGCACGACAUCCGUUCCUUCUUCUCCCCGGGCGCCGGCAAGGAGAAGAAGAGGAAGAGAAGGGAAGAGGAGGAAACCUCUCCCUCCAUCUCCUCGGAGAGAGGUAGUGGGACAAUAUCGGAAAAAGGAGAGGAGGAGGUAGAGAAGCCACGCUCCCAGACCUCCAUCUCAGCCGACCAGGACUUCUCCCCGCAGCUGAAGAGGCUCCGGACCCCGCAGCCGGGCCGUGGCCCCGGGUCCAGGCGUGGCGGGAAGCGGAGGUCGGCAGCCGCCGGUAUCGGCUCUGGCAGCCCCGGCGCCCAACUCACCUCCAUCAUGGCCCCGCGGAGGCUGUCGGUGCCCAACCCUCCCCGUGAAAAGUGGAGCUGCGGGGCCUGCACCUACUCCAACAGCGGCCUGCUGCCGUACUGCGAGAUGUGCGAGUUCCCGCGCUCUCCCUCUGGAGUCCACUCAGAGCCAUCCGGGCCCCAGCAACCCCCUGUGACCGAACGGGGCCAGGCGCGCAUCGUCCUCUCCGGCUCCGACAGCGAGCCGGAGCUUUGCCGGGGAAAAGGCCAGAGUCCAAAACCGAGCAAAGACAAACAGAGCGAGGAGGAGGAGGAGGAGGAGGAUGAGGUUCCGGAAGGCAAACAGAAACUGGGAGAAGCGGCGGAGGAGGACAAGCGGCAGCUCAAAGACCGGAGAGAUGCUGCACCUCCGUUCUCUGCCGCUGAGGCCGAUGGCGACGACGGCGGCCGGGAUGGAGAGGACGCCAGCGCCGCCCAUCCCGUCUACCCGGGCUUGCAGUUCUGUGCCAGCCUGUACACAGACCGGAUAUAUCUGUAUACCAAGGACGGGACUCCGUUGAACCUGAGCUUCGUCCCCCUGGACGUCAAGCUAACCAACUGGGACGACCUGCCCGAGGCCUUCAGCCGGAGCCGGGAAAAUCGAACACAGGUGCUGAGGUUCGUUCAGGAGUGGGGCAGCCUGGCCGCCAUGAAGCAGAAGCUGCUUCGCCGCGGUGGCCUCCUCUUCCACAGCCCCACUCUGGGCCUGCAGCAGCUGGCCGCCGCCCAGCGCCCUCACUCCAGCACCAAGAGGUACCUCAGCAAGGACGAGGUGGCCCAGGCCUCCCUGAGCAAGGCCCAGCAGGAGGGAGGCAGCGUCCGACUGGUCACCAAAGAAAAGUUCUUCACAAAGAGGAGGUCUGCCGCCUCGCUGACGCCACCUGCUUCAGAGAGCCCGGACUUGGACUCCUCUAAGACUGCAGAGGAGCAGCCACCGUCAGAGUCCGGCUUCCUGCAGGCAGUGGACAGCGAGGGCGUCCCUCUGUGUCUGUCCUGCCAACAACCCUGCUCUUCCACCGGCGGGGCCUGGGACACUCGGUUCUGCAGCCACAGGUGCCAGGAGGAGUUCCAGUUGCGCUCCAGCCAGACGUACAUGCGCUCGCGGGUGCUGGAGGCGGAGCAGGGCGUCUGUCAGCACUGCGGCCUCCACGCCCACGACCUGUUCCUGAAGGUCCACGACGCCCCGCCCCCCCAGCGCAAGGACAUGCUGGAGAACACCUGGCUGGCGCAGCUGUCACUCAAACAGCUGAACGAGAUGAUCCGGGCCCCGGUCGAAGGAGACUUCUGGCAGGUGGACCACAUCCGUCCGGUCUACAGUGGGGGAGGACAAUGCUCCCUGGACAACCUGCAGACGCUAUGCACCGUGUGCCACAGAACCAGGACGGCUCAGCAAGCCAAGGAACGCAGCCAGAUGAGGAAGAGCGCGGCGGCCUCCAAGGUUGCGUCAGACAUCAGCAGGUUCUUCGUCAGGAAAUGAAAUGAGAGGUUUAGUAAGGAUUGUUGUAGGUUUAAAAUGUCUCUAAAUCACAUUGUUGAGUCUUCGCUGCCAUGCUAGCGUGAAUGCAGAUGAUCCUUCGAUCACAUUAAAGUAUUAGAAAUGCCGCUCUCUCUGACAGAGUAGGCUAAAAAGGCCAGACUUCCUCUGCAUCCUACUUCCUGUACUUUUUCCUCUACAUCCAUUUGCGUCGAGAUCAGCGGCGUCCCGCUGGACCUGUGGAGAUUUACCCUAAAAAACCUAAACUAGAGUCGACUGCAUCAAAUGCUAAUUCAGCCAGCUCCCCCUCUCGUCCCCGAACCGUCACGGGCGCGGUAGAUUUGAUUUACGACGGCCCCCUGUUUUUUUGUGCUUGAGGGCUGAAAUGGAGCAGGUUGUUUAGAGAGAGAUGCUUGCUAUUUUCAGAUUUUUGCAAACUUUGGUGAAAAGUAGCAGCUGAGAGAUGAACAAAGGGGGGUGAGAGGGGGCUUUGUGCUUAAAACUUCACGGCAGAAGACGCAAGUGUCCUCAUUGGCGCCACAUCAACAAGUGGCACCUUGUAAAUCUUCCUUUUUUUUUGCAAGAUGGGUGAACGCUCCCCUGUAAAAAUAAA